CAACAACAACAACAACAACAACAACGACAACAAUACGAAACAAAAAAGUUUUGAUUAAAUUUUUAAUUUGUAUAAAUCGAACGCGUCGCUAGAACGCGUUUUAAAUUUAUUGCAUUUGCAUUUUAAACGCAGCGCGUUAAAAAAGCCGGCAACAUAACGGCGCAACUAUUGAACAGCUUUCUCAAGGGGAGUCCCCACCAGACCACCAUAGAUAUAAUGCAGAAGCUCUAUGCCGAGCCGCCGCCCAGCAGCGCUCCAGUUAGCAUGUCCAGCGCUGGCGGCACUGCACCCAGCGGCGGCGGCGGCGGCGGCGGCGGCGUUGGUGGUGGUGGUGGUGGUGGUGGUGGUGCGGUCCCCACCAGCAACAACAACCCGCAUCCCACCUCAAAUGGCGGCAGCAUGAGUCCGUUGGCGCGCUCGGCAUACACCAUGAAUAGCAUGGGCCUCACAGUGGGCGGCAUGUCGUCCGUGUCGCCACAAGCGGCAGCCACCUUUGGCGCCAGCGUGCUCGACUCGGCCGCAGCCGUGGCCAGCAUGAGCGGCAGCAUGGGCGCGGCAGCGGCAAUGAAUUCAAUGGGCGGCAACUGCAUGACCCCGAGUUCGAUGAGCUAUGCGAGCAUGGGUUCGCCGCUGGGCAACAUGGGCGGCUGCAUGGCCAUGUCGGCGGCGAGCAUGUCGGCGGCCGGCUUGAGCGGCGGCUAUGGCACGAUGCCACCGGGCACUCGCGACAUGGAGCCCGGCUCACCCAAUUCGAUUAGGCGUGGCGUUGACAAGCCGACCACAUACAGACGCAGCUAUACGCACGCGAAGCCGCCGUACAGCUACAUCUCGCUCAUCACGAUGGCCAUACAGAACAAUCCGACGCGCAUGCUGACUCUUUCGGAGAUCUAUCAGUUCAUCAUGGACUUGUUCCCAUUCUAUAGGCAGAACCAGCAGCGCUGGCAGAACUCGAUACGCCACUCGCUGAGCUUCAACGAUUGCUUUGUGAAGAUUCCGCGCACGCCGGAUAAGCCGGGCAAAGGCUCGUUCUGGACACUGCAUCCGGAUUCGGGCAAUAUGUUUGAGAAUGGCUGCUAUCUGCGUCGCCAGAAGCGCUUCAAGGAUGAGAAGAAGGAGGCUAUCCGACAGCUGCACAAGAGUCCAUCGCAUAGUAGCCUGGAGGCAACCAGUCCGGGUAAGAAGGAUCACGAGGACUCCCAUCACAUGCACCAUCAUCAUCACACGAGUCGUCUGGAGCACCAUCAGCACCACAAAGAGGCGGGCGGCGGCGGCGGCGUGGCGCUGGCGGGCGUCAACGUGCUCAGCGCAGCGCACAGCAAGGAUGCCGAGGCGCUGGCCAUGCUGCAUGCCAACGCCGAGCUCUGCCUCGGCCAGCAGCCGCAGCACGUGCCCACGCAUCACCAUCACCAGCACCACCAGCUGCAGCAGGAGGAGCUGUCCGCGAUGAUGGCCAAUCGUUGCCAUCCGUCGCUGAUUAGCGACUACCACUCGUCGAUGCAUCCACUGAAACAGGAGCCCUCCGGCUACACGCCCUCCAGUCAUCCGUUCUCCAUCAAUCGCCUGCUGCCCACGGAGUCGAAGGCGGACAUCAAGAUGUACGACAUGAGCCAAUAUGCCGGCUAUAAUGCGCUCAGUCCGCUCACCAACUCACACGCUGCCUUAGGUCAGGACUCGUACUACCAGAGUCUCGGCUACCAUGCGCCCGCCGGCACCACGAGCUUGUGACAUCACCAGUAUCCGCUGGCUUAAGGGCGCGCGGAGCAGAUGCUGCGCUUUGGCGGCGGCGGCGGCUCGCAUCAGCAGCAGCAGCACCAGCAGCAACACUUGCAGCAACAGCAACAGCAGCACCACUUGCAGCAGCAGCAGCAGCAACAACAGCAGCAGCAGCAGCAACAGGCGGCGCAGCAACUGACAUCCGCUACAAACACCACAACCAAGGCCAGCAGCAAGCCAGCGGUGGCCGUCAAUUACUCCCAAAAGCUGGCCGCCUCAGUGCAACAGCAACAGCAGCAGCAGCAGCAGCAGCAACAGCAGCAGCAGCAGCAACAGCAGCAGCAACAGCAGCAACAGCAGCAGCAACAGCUGCUGCAUAGCCAACUGUCGGCGGAGCUGCAGGAGGACUCUUCCAACAUUACCAGCGACCUUAGCGAGGAGCAACUGCAGCAGCAUCAGGCGGCACAGCAGCAACUCUACAACAACUAUCAGCAAUAUGCCGCUGCGGCCAGUUACCGCAACUGGAAUCACAGUUUGACAUUCAACAGUGCCGCCGCGUUGCAGAACCUGCUGUAGCCCAGCGGCACAAGGCCCGGCUUUGUGUAUGAUGCCAGGCCCGAAUCGCGGACAUGGUAGUGUUCGGUCUGUCGGCCAGCCGGGCUGCCGGGCUGCCAAUUAGCGGGCGACUGUUCAAUGGCUUUUAGCACCUGGGCGCAUCCUUUGAGCUAGCGGGCACGUGAGUACGGCUCCUACACUUGUAAAUAAAUCCAACCUACUCUUUUGCAAGCACUUGCUUAGUCUAUGCCUUUAUGUUUUUCGUUCUGUUGAGGAAUUCAAGAAAAAAGUGAUGUAGUUGUAAGCGCAACAACGGCCACAUAUUUAGGUAAUUGUAUUAGCCGUUAAGCAAAACAAGUUUGUUAAAAUUUAUGUUUGCUAAAAAAAAAACAAGAAAUUCCGUGCCAUUUGUUUAUCCUCUAUAUAAGCAAUAACAAACAUGCAGCAUUUUAAAUGUGUGUAAAAGAAACCGAUGUAUAUAUACACAAAGAGACAGAGAAAGAUAGAGAGAGAGAGAGAGCGAGAGAGAGAGAGAGCAAAAGCAUAGCGGGAUUGUGUGUAAUGUUCAUUUAUAAAUCAAAUCCUUUUUCCAAAGGCAAUCGAAUUCGAAUCGCAAAUGAUCAAAAAACCAAAAACAUAACAAAAAA